AAAAUCGAAAACUACACUCUCACAAGUAGAAGGGGGGAGGAGAAAAGAACAUUAACGAUGACGAAGAAAACUGCAGUGCGGUCGAGAGACAAGGCAUUGCAUGGGCGCUCCCUACUUACCACGACUUUUGCUCAGGAAAAUAUCUUCGCACCUACCAGUUGCCAAAUUUGACAGCCACCCAACUUUCAACCCCCUUGAUGCAUUGCAGAGCACCAAACGUACUUGCCAGGCGACGAUUUAUAAGGCCGAGCCCUGUUGCAAAUUAGUAGGCGCAGCUCAAGCGUAGCUGAUUAACCACCAUGGCCCAUUCCUGCCACGGCUACGAUCUUGUGCUGCGACGGUAUCUCUUGGCCCUGCACCACCUCCUCGACUGCGUCCGCUUCGUCGCGGCGGUCGUCCUGGACCGCCUCGGCAUCGUCUCGUUCGAAGGCGAGAUGCUGCCCGGUGAGCCUUGGAGCGAGCUCGUUGACACUGCGCUGAUGGAGCGCCUCAUGGAGGCAGCGUUCUGGCAGUCCAGCUCGCCGCCGAAGGUGAAUCGUUCGUCCUCGUGGACGGCGCCACAGUACAGACGACGGCGGGUUGCGCCGGCGGAUGUCGAGGGAGCCGAGGACGACGACGGGUGCGUGGGCAUCUGUGCCAUUUGCUUGGCGGCGCUCGACGUGGGAGGGCAACUGGUCACGGAGUUGUGCAACUGCUCGCAUGCGUUCCACGGCGCCUGCAUCGGUUAUUGGAUCGGCAGCGGCGAGGCUGGCACUUGCCCGCUGUGCCGCACCCCGACGUUACCAACGGCGUGGUGGAACGGUUGGCGAGAAGUAGUGCCACACACGUCUUUAUCUCCUUGAUCGCUGAAGGGCUGAGGAGGACCGAAACAUCUCGAUCUCCUCACUCAAGGCAGGGCGACACGCCGCGAUGUCUACAUGUAUAGCAUAGUUACUCCAAUGUUUUUCCGUUGUUUUCCUUUUUGCGUCAACAAAUGUUUUCCGUUAUUUUCGUUUUUGCAUGAACGAAUGUUUUCCGUUGGAUAAA